GAGGUUAAUCAUCGCAUCCGCCCCAGUCACCAUGCUUUCGCGACAGGCACUGCUGCGUUCCGCGCGGACGGCAGCUCCCCAUCGUGCCCUUAUCGGCCAGAUCCGCACGUUCGCCGCGCCGGCGUCGAGCGAGAAGGUGAAACCCCCGGUCGCCCUCUUCGGCCUCGACGGCACCUAUGCUACAGCUCUGUACACGGCCGCCGUCAAGACGUCGUCCCUCGAGCCCACCGCCAAGGGCCUCGCUGCCCUCGGCAACCUCCUCCAGAAGGACCUGAAGCUGGUCACCAUCCUCGAGGCCCCGACCCUGUCCGCCGCCGACAAGAGCGCCGUGGUGGCCGAGCUGCAGAAGAGCGCCGGCGCCUCGGGCGAGACCGUCAAGAACUUUCUCGCUACCCUUGCCGAGAACAACCGCCUCGGCCUGCUGCCUGGUGUCUGCAACAAGUUUGGCGAGCUCAUGAGCGCCGCCCGCGGUGAGGUCGAGAUGGUGGUUACCAGCGCUCAGCCUCUGGACAACAAGACCCUCUCCCGCCUGGAAGCCGCCGUCCAGAAGUCGAGCUACGUCGGUGCUGGCAAGAAGCUCAAAGUCAAGAACACUGUCAACCCCGAUAUUGUCGGCGGUCUCGUCGUCGAAGUCGGCGACAGGACAAUCGACCUCAGCGUCUCUUCCAAGCUUGCCAAGAUGAACAAGCUGCUCACCGAAACCCUGUAAAUCAACUAUUCUUUUGUAGCAAUGGAGUUAUUCUGAGCCCAAAGCUGGGCGCGAGGGAUUAGGGAGACAAGACCGCAAGCAGGCUCGUCGUUUGUGUUGUGUUAGAGGGUCCCCAUGUACAUGAGCCGAAUAGACCCGUUUCACUACAGAUCAUCACGUCCUCACUCGGCGUCUUAUGCUACGCUGCGUCUCCGACAUGUCGAGUCUCGCAUAUCUUUAACAUUCCCACAACGCGAGUCGAGGGCAGAACAGAAAUGGGAGAGCUCGCAUCGUACAAAUUUCUCGAGGUACGCAAGACGCAGUCGACUCAGCAACAGAGUAU